AUGCAGCGUUCCGAAUCGCCGUCCUUUGGGAUGGACGACCUCCGCGGCAUCAGCGGCGCCUGCUCCCAGCCCUCACGUGGGACAAAGCCGCGACGGGCAAGCAGCAUCAGCCUAGAUCCCCACGUCCUUGGCGCUGUGCAGCCACGUCACGUCGCCUCCGUCUCAUCUAUGCCCCCCAAACGCCAGAGCAGCAGCGGCCCGGCAAAGUCGCCGUUGCUGCUCAUGAGGCCCCAGGAGCUGCACUUUGUCGAUGGCAAGAGCCCGUCGAGUCCCGGCGAGGGGUGCCCCUUGCUGCCCACGGAACCGAGCCCGGAACCGCCAUCUCUCUCUCCCCUGCAAGGAUGGAUGGUGAACAAGAGCGGCCGGGAGCUCAGGAUGCUUGGACUCCCCGAUCCACCAGGCAUGGGCGGCAGGGCCUGCAGCAGCGACGGGCCGCAGUCAGUCGGCGCCGCGUCGGAGCAAGGGGGCGCCUCGUCCGGAGACUCGAGCUGGGACGUGGUGGAGUACGACGCGGACACUGCGCGGCAGCUCGCCUCCCGCCCACAACAGCAGCAGCCCGGGCACGCCGCCGCGUCCAGCCAAGAGUCAGCACCCGCGCGAGAGAACAGGUCUGAGGCGCCGUCGCCAGAGACGCAGAGCCCGGAGGCAGGGCAUCCGAGCCCGGUGUCGUCUAUUGAGCUCGGCGACGAGGCCGUCCCCGAGCAUACGGCAAGGCGGCUCGCUCGUCUGGACGAAGAGCUGCAGCCCAUCGGCGGCCUUGGAGACAGCACGCUCAGCUUGGUUCGCUACCACAGGCACGCAUGCCCUGUGCCUGGCGUGGCACGACUACAAGUCGGCGGCAGGGCCCAUGACCGUCGAGGGCGCAGCCGUGUCAAGAAACAAACCAGGCUACGCAGGCGCCACAAGUAA